CUGCUUGGUAGUCUUGGGUCUUGCUAGAGACGAGCAAGCAUGCCAAUUCAAAGUUGCCCACUCUUGUCAAACUGCAAAUUGCGCACACACCUUUAACGAGAGAUUCCGAAACAAGAAAAAUUCAAGCACUCAAAUUACCUGCAGCGACUUUCCCGGCGGUGUGCGCUCUCCAUUGCACUUCGGUCCUCCAGUAGUAUGGUUAGGUAGAGUUCAACUUCAAGCGUCUAAAAAAGUAGCCAGUGCUUCUCUUUACACCCUUUGUCGGGAUGAAGAAAUUUCAGCCUAUUUGUCGUGUAGGUAGCACCACUCUCGUACGGAUAAGACACAACAGAAACCAAUUACCGACCAGGGAGUUCUUUUGUGAUUCUUGACAAUAAGUAGGAUGCUGAAACAGUAAAAGGCAAACUUUCUUUCACUUUCUACCAAAGCGUCAUAAUUCUGGAUUUUUGGAGGAUUGGUGCAACUGACGCAUGUGCACCGCUCUUUCUCUUUCAAUGUCGUGAGUAUGACAACGUCUAGUAGAGUUCUUUCAGAACAAUAUUUCCUUGUACAGCUGGUCAAUUAACAAGUUAGCUUAACGAGUUUGAGUACGAGUACUAGCCAAUUAUAUCAAAAACGAAAGGAAUCUUCCUAUGUUUCCUCUGGCACCACGCGGAAGUGGUAGUGGAAGAGGUUCAUUUUGAUCGUUCUUGGAAAUAUACGAACUUGGUGCAACGUACCACACAAAUCAACCGAUAGUAGUUUUUGCUUGGCGCGGAGAAAAUUAAAGUUGCAUUUGAUUGCUUUUUACACGCGGGUGGACGAGGUUGUUUCUUAGACGUCGACCAUGGCAGCAGCUGGACCAGAAUGUAUAACAAGCGGGCCCACAUGGGUGAAGCGCUUUCCCGGCGUUCCCGCAACAGUUACACUCCAUACGGUGAUCGGGGGAAGGAAAAGCCAGGUACGGAUCGUCCUAGAACAGCAUGAAGAAUCGCCGUGGCCGACAGCAAGCGGAAACCUUAACUUGUUCUCCGAAACAUUUUCAUUUAUGCAUUCAACUUAAUAUUCAGCAUGAUUUCCUUUAACUUUUUCAUUUUCGCACGAAUAUCAAUCUCACAGGAAGACCGAUUUGUGGUGUGUCCCAAAGUGGCGCCACAUUUGGAGAAUGCGGCUUUUUUCGGUGUUUUUGACGGCACAGUGGGUGACUUCGCGAGCAAUAACGUAAAAGACAUCGUGGUGCCAAUGCUGCGGUCCACUCCAGAAUACAAGCAGGUUUGAGAAUUUUUCCUGGUUGUUUGUAUGUCGCGAUCAUGCUUUGUGCACAUGCAAAAAUGUAAAAUAGUAAUGGUACAAUGAGAUGAAUCAUACGAAUGCAUACGCAUGCACAAAGUGUUCCCGGACAUGCUUGUUCUGCUUGAUGCAUCUUCAUUUGCAUGACGACACUGAUCCCAAAGCCAAACAUGAUGAAACGCAGUUGGAGAACGCAACGGACGUUGUGAAUCACGAGGAAGCAGUGGACCUGUUGAAGCGGAGUAUGCGAAAAAUGUAUCACCGAAGUGACGAGGAGUUGCUGCGGCGGUGUGGGGAAAAUGAAAAACACUACGCUGCCAGCACGUCUGUGACCCUACUGCUGUGGCAGGACCACAUCUGCGUCGGUCACCUGGGGGACUCCCGCAUCUGCUUAAUCUACGUGACGGACGAGAACCUGAAACAAAUCAAGGGCGUGCCUGCCGUACCCUCGUCGGACACCGAUGCGCAGUCGGAAAACAGCAAUCCAGUGCAACAGUCAGGCGACGAAAAGACCGGGGUAGCCAAAACAGGUAGGUCUUUUUUAUGAAUCGUUCUUGUUUCUCCGUAAGCUUUGAAGAAUCCAGUUUCCAUUUUCGUCAACUGAGAAGUGGAGGUCGCACAAAGGUUAAGGUUCAUGAUGGCAUGGUUCAAAAACCAAAUGGAGCUGUGUUUCGAAAGGUUUCUCGUAGAUGCUGCGAAGGCGAUGUGGAACUAUUAAGUAGACGUCGAUUCUUUUUACACUUGUUGCACCGAAUAAAUCGCAGGUAGCAAGGAGGGUGUAGGUUACGUGGUGGACGCGCGAUUUGCUGCGAGCGGGUCAAUAAGAACGGAUAGCAUCCCGGCAAGCAAAGUCGAUGAGUUAGUGGAAGGCAACUUUGUCACCCAGGACCAUAAGCCGGACCAGGCAGAGGAGAGGGCCAGAAUCGAAGCUGCCGGAGGCAGCGUAGAAUAUUUGCAUAACCACCAGGUACGACUCAUGUUGAGCUUUCUCUUUUAUUCCAUUCAUGACCAUGAUGAUGUUCCCAUGAUCAUAGUGGUAAGCUGUCACAGGUGAAGAUGGUCAUUGUGUCUCCAUCAUGAAGACCAACAAGAUAGAGACACUUGCAUUGCUUAGAUCGUUGCCACUGCUGUAGUUGCAGGGGGAGAAGUUACUUGUUUCAGUCUCCCGCGACAAAAAAUAAAACAGAACAAGCCCUUCAUACGCGGUGGUGAUUUUCAGCAGAGAAAAAUGUUAGGCGAGUCUCCCAUGCAGCUGCAGUACUCCCGCGCUUUCGGGGGCAAGGAUUUGAAACCCUUCGGUCUGAUCGGCGACCCCACCGUGAACUGCACCAAGCGGGAGCGGCAAUUUGCAGGAUUCGUGCUGGCCAGUGACGGGCUCUGGGACGUGAUGACGGCGGACGUGGCCGCCCGGGUUUCCAUGAAGGCCUGGCUGGAGGGAAAAAACCCGUCCGAGGCCCUGGUCAACGCCGCCCUGCACGGCAGCUGUGACAACAUCACCGCGGUCUGCGUGAUGUACGAUACCAUUGCGGGGGAACGCCCCUCCAGUUAG